UUCGUCAGAUCAGAUCCCGCUUCUUUACUUUCUUAGCUUGAGCGUAGUUUCUGUGGCUUGCUAAGAACCGUUCUACUGACGUUAGUGCCCGUCACACGCCCUUAGGGGCCCGAUCUUUGUAUCUGGGAGCGCAUAUCGGAGUUUCGUCACGAUGCCUUCUGUGGUGAAUAUCGCGGAGGCGGCAGAAGCGGCGAAGCGAGUCGCCGCUGCGUUUAUGGCGGCGCGCGCUUCGGGUCAGACCGAGGAGCAAGCCGCCGCUGCCGCGACCUCUGUGGCCAAUCCGGAGCCGAUUAAGACGCCGUCGUUCGUAAUCCCCAAGAACAAGAUCUCGAUUCCGGGCCAAUCCCUCGCGAUAGUGCCUGUCGGGGGGAGUGUAACGAAAGCGGGCGAAGAGGCGGAGGACGACAAGCCGAGGCGGCCUCGGAAGUAUCGAUGGGGCCCAGAUCCGUUGCUUGAUCCGGCCACGCGGAGGGGUCGAGCUCUUGCCCUUCAGACGCGCAUCGAGCAGAUCUCGUCGCAGCUGGAGCUGAACACGCUGGAGAUCGACGAGAACGAGGCCACUCGCUCGCCAUCCCCGCCGCCUAUCUACGAUAACAUGGGGCAGCGACUCAACACGCGCGACCAAAGGAAGCGGGAUCAGCUCGACAUCGAAAAGCGCAAAGCCAUAGCCGAGUCCAUCGCUCUGAAUCCGCACUUCAAGCCGCCUGCGGGGUACAAGCCUGUUCUCGAGGAGGCCAAGCUUUUCGUGCCGGUCAAGCAAUACCCGGGGUACAACUUCAUCGGCCUCAUUAUAGGCCCACGCGGCAACACGCAGAAGCGCAUGGAACAGGAAACCGGUGCGCGUAUCGUGAUUCGAGGGAAGGGCGCAACCAAGGAAGGCAAGAAGGACAAGUACCAGGAGGGAGCCAGCGAGGACCUCCACGUGUACAUCUGUGCGGACAAGCUGGAGAAGGUGGACGCUGCUGUCGACAUGAUCGAGCCUCUGCUUACCCCUAUUGAUGAGUGGCGCAACAUCCACCGGCGCAAGCAGCUGCGGGAGCUGGCGCUGAUGAACGGCACGAUGAAGGAGGUGCAGCAGGUGUGCUUCCUGUGCGGCGAGGCGGGCCACAAGGACUUCCAGUGCCCCAAGGAGAAGCUGCAGACUUUCAAUGCUAAGGUUACGUGUGCCAUCUGCGGAGAUGGGGGCCAUCCGACCGUUGAUUGCCCCAGGAGGAGGGCGGGAGGACCCCAGGGCAAGGGGAUGGACCAGGAGUACCAGUCAUUCUUGGACGAAAUCAACGCCGGGACAGGAGGGCCUGACGGCAGGGGGGACGGCAGGGGGGACGGCAGGGGGGAUGGAAGGGGUGAUGGUAGGGGCGGUGCUUAUAACGAUCGCAGGGGUGGGGAUGGGUACAGAGGUGGAGAUGGUUACAGGGGAGGAGAUGGUUACAGGGGUGGGGAUGGUUACAGGGGAGGCGAUAGUUACAAUCGUGGCGGUUACAGUGAUAGUGGUUACGGUGGUAACCGCAGCGGACCAGGGGGAGGGGGAGGUUCUUAUCCCCCUGGGCGCGGCCCCCCUCCAGGAGCUCCCUCCCCUGGGUCCUACCCCCCUGGGGGACCUCCCCCCGGCCGCCCGGGCCCCCCUUCUUUCCCCCGCCCGUUCGCUCCGGGGCAGGGCCCGCCGGGGAUGCCAGGGCAGCAACCAGGUCAGCAGGGAGGCAGCUCGUACAGCCACGUGGGCAUGCCAGGUCAGCAGCCCAUGCGCCCGAGUCUGACCCCCGGUCCCCCCAUGGUCCCCAGGGGGCAGGGUCCCCCACCCGCAGGGCCUCCCCCAGCAGGGGGGCCUGUGGGGCCGGGGGGAGCACCUCCCCCAGGGGGCAUGGGCGGAAGGCCACCUGCCCCUGCCCCUGGGGGAUAUGGGCAGGGACCUGCCCCCCCCCCCAGCAGCAGCAGCAGCAGCAGCAGCAGCAGCAGUCUCAGUAUCCGCCGCAGCAGUACCCUCCGCCCCAGCAGCAGCAGGGUUAUCAGCAGCAGCAGGGCUAUCAGCAACAGCCGCAGCAGCAGCCGCAGCAGCAGCAGCAGGGUCCGCCCUCUGCUUACCCGGGCCCAAACCAGCAGCAGCAGGCAUAUCCCCCACCACAUCAGCAGCAGCCCAGCCAGCAGGGUCAACCGGGUCAACCCAGUCAAGCGCCGCCCAGCCACCCUCCCCCGGCGUGGGGGGAUGACCGCGCCAGCAAGCUGCCAAGAAUGGACGGUGGGCCCUCCGACGCCCCCUCCUCCACCUACCCCCCGCCCCAGCAGCAGCAGACGGGACAGGGAAUGCCGCCCCGGCAGAGGGGAGGGAUUGGGUACCAGGCGCCUCCUCCCUCUGGUCCGGGAUACGGCCCUCCUCGCCCCACAGGAUAUGGUCCUCCCUCCGGACCUCCUUCCGGACCUCCGUCCGGACCUCCCGGUCCUUCUGGCCCAUCUGGAUAUGGCCCACCAUCUGGACCGUCUGGUCCUGGUGCAGGAUACGGCCCUCCCUCCGGACCUCCCUCCGGACCUCCUCCCGGUCCUUCUGGUGCGGGGUACGGUCCCCCUUCUGGUCCUGGUCAGCAGUACGGGGCCCCACCUGCGCCCUCAGGGCAGGGGCAGGGGCAGGGGCAGGGGCAGGGGCAGGGGCAGGGGUAUGCGCCUCCUCAGGGGCAGGGGCAGGGGUAUGGGCCUGCUCAGGGGCAGGGGUAUGCUCCUGGGCCUCCCCCAGCGUCAGGAGGCUCUUACUCCCCUGCGCCCUCUGGUCAGCAGUACCCCCAGCAGCAGCAGCAGCAGCAGUAUGGGGCGGCACCAGGAGGGCCUGGGGCGCCUGCUCCCCCCGCCUUCCCCCCUCCGCCCCAGCCUAGCUCCCCCCGCCCCCGCCUCCCCCUCCGCCUAGCAGCGGGGACUCCCCUCCCCCUCCCCCGCCCACUGACCAGCCCGCUCCCCCGCCUAUGCCCCUUGCUGCUGGCGCUGGUGCUUCUGGCCCUGCCUUCGGCGCUCCUUCCUGGCAGCAGCAGCAGCCGCAGCAGCAGCAGCAGGGAGGGGGGUACUACCAGCCCCAGCAGCCGCCGUUCCCCCAGGCAAGCGGAUUCGGCCAAGCAGGAGCAGCAGGAGCAGCAGGAGGAGGAGGAGGAGGGCCUGGAGGACCAGGGGGACCCGGGGCUGCAGGACCUGGGCCAGGAGGGGCAGGAGCAGGAGCAGCAGGAGCAGGAGCAGGAGCAGCAGGAAUGGGUGGAGGGAUGGGUGGGCCAAUGGGCGGACCAAUGGGCUUUGCGCCCCCCAGGGGCCCUCCUACCGGUUUCUCCCCCUUCUCCCCUGCAACUGGCGCUCCUCCCCCUUACAUGCCCGGCCGUCCCCCAAUGGGACCGGGCGGCGGUUUCGCUGGUAACCAGUUCGCACCUCCUGGCCCCCAGGGCUUUGGGACAGGGCCAGGGCUAGGGGGAGCCCCCCCCCAGGGAAUGGGGGGGGCUCGCCCUGGGUUCUGGGGGCCUGGCGGACCUGGGGGGCCUGGGGGCGUUCCGCCUCCCCCUUUUGGCCCUGGGGCUCAGGGGUUUGGCCAGGGGGGUCCUCUGCCUCCCUUCCCCGGUGGUAUGGGUGCCCGACCCCCUGCCCCAGGUGGUUACCACCCCGGGGGACCGGGUUUCGGGGGUGCGAGGCCCCCUGCGCCCCCUGCGGGGGGGCAGGGGGAGGCUGAGGAUGCGGAGUAUGAGAAGCUGAUGGCGUCAAUUGGCGUGCAGUAAUAAGGGGCAGGCAGGAGCUUUCAGAGGGGGUCUGCAGCAGCCGGCAACAGGGCAGAGUCCAAGGAUUCGGAGUAUGAAAAGCUGAUGGCAUCGAUUGGCGUUUAGUAGACAGGCGCUGGUGGUGGGGUGUGAGGGGAUGUGGGCUGUGAGGACAGCCCUUGGUUUCUGGUGAGUAGGAAGGGGGAGGCUGAGGAUGCGGGGCGUAUGAGAAGCUGUUGGCGUCCAUUGGCGUGCAGUAGUAAGGGGAGGCAGAUGCAGUCAGCACCAAUCAGAAGGGGUCUCUGCAGCAGCAGCAGCCAGCAGCAAGGGGGAGGCCGAGAAUGUUUGUGAAAAUAUGAUGGGUCAACUGGCAUGAAGAAGAGAGUGAGGGGACAGGCACUGACUAUAGAAGGGUGCGCAGCCCAUGCUUGUGUUUCCAGCGCCACCUGUAUUUUUUGGCGUGUAGUGCCUGUGGGUGGGUGGGUGGCUGGCUGGGUGGCUGGGUGGCUGGGUGGGUGGCUGGGUGGGUGGCUGGGUGCUUGGGUAGGGGGAGGGUGAUGAUGUGGAGAAAGAGAAGGAUUGUGGGUAUGCUGGGAUGGUGAGAGGACGCGCCCUGAGAGGGCUGUCAAUGCAGGUGUGAUGUGUGCUGUUUCUGGGAUGCAAGGGGAUAAAGAUUGGACUAGAUAGGCUUCCCUCUGCAUUUGAUUGUUUUAAUUCGAAUUGUGCGGUGCUUCGUGGGAUUAAAGCGAGUGAUUUAAAUAGUGAGGGCGGGCCCAGAUGUCCGUUUUCUGGGUCGUUUCUAGUUAAAGCUUGAGUAAUUAAGUCAAGGUUUACAG